AUGCAAACCACAAAUUAGUCUAAUGAGACAUAUAAUUGCAAUUUCUGCUCAGUUUAUGUAUUAAAGUAAUCCUUAGAAGUUCAUCAAAUAAAAUGCUUGGGAAAAAAUUAAAAAUUUUAAACUUAAAUCUAAGAGCAAUAGUAAAGUAGCACAUUUUAAACUUUGGAAUAAUUUUCAGUAAUAAAUUAAAUUUAGUUGAUAGACUUCAAGCAAUUUAAUAAAUUAAUCCACAAUUUUAAAUACUUAAUCAAAAUAAUAGAAUGAAAGAUUACAAUUUCCAAAUCAGAAUAAUAUUUAAUAGAAUUAAAUCAAUAUUUUUACAACAUAAGUGUUUCAAACAUUGAAUCAGUUUAAUGGAAAUUAAAAUAAUUAAUUUAAUGUAAGUUAGUAAUUUGAGAGAUAAGGAGGAGAUUCAGCAAAUAUAUUUACUUAAAAUUAAAAUGCUUUUUCAUAAAAUAUUAUUGAAUAGUUUCCCUAAAGUUAAAAUAAUGUUGCCAAUUAAAUUAAAUAAUAAUAAUUAUUUAAUAAUAAUGCUCCUUCACAACCUAAUUAAUUCUUCUUUUUAAAUAGAAAUGUUUAAAACUAAUAACAAUAAUAAUAACAAAUUAAUUUUAGAAUUGAUUAAACAUAAUAAAUAUAGUCAAGGUAGAAUCCUUUUAUAAAUGAUUAAAUGAGGAUUGGUUAAAUUUUCCCUCCUUAAAGAAGUGAAUUAAUAAGGGCUAUAUAAAAUAACAACAUAAUAUUGACCUAAAAUUAAAUUGAAUCGAAUAGAACAAAUAAUUCGUUUUAAUUUAAUACUCCAUCUUAUUUUAAUGCAAUAAACUAAGCUUAACUAAAUGACAAGUAAAGUUAGAAAUAAGGCUCAACUUUAUAAUAUGAUAUGGAAGGAUUAAAUAAUUUUGAUUUAUUAAAAGAAUAUACAGAUGAAGAAGUAAAUUUAAUGAAUGAUGAAUAAUUCUAUCAAUAUUUUAUACACAAACAAAUUUAAGAAAAUCACAAAAAUGAAACUGAUUCAUAGAUUUUAAAAAUUAGAGCAGAAUAAUAGCUUCAUGAAGAGGAAAAUUAAUGUGUUAUUUGUUAGGACAUAAUAGAAAAUGAGGAUGAUACUAAGACUUUGGGAUGUAAUCAUAAAUUUCAUAUUAAUUGUAUAUCUGAUUGGCUUAAUCGCAAAUCUGUUUGUCCCAUUUGUAAAUCAAGAAUCAAAAUGAAUGAAUUAUAUUAUUGA